AUGAUCGGCAGGGAAUCUCAGGCGGGAGUUCUCAAGCGCCGUUUGCCCGGCUCGAGUCUCGGUCAACUUUUGACUCGUCGCCUACCGCCGUUGACUGAUCUCGGCGCGGGCGCUUGGCGCGUUUGCAACGAGACUGCCGAUAUGACAUGGUGGGGUUUGGAGGAUAAAGGAGUAGGACUUGGUGUCUUGGACAUCUGGGGUCCUGGCUCUCAUCCACAGAAGUGGUCGCUGACCGCGCAUGGGAUGGAGACCAACCGCCUGCGGUGCUGUCAAGACGUCAGUUGCCGAACAGUAACUGCCUUGAGUUUUGUCCGUCCACCGUCUGGUCCCACCGCUAACGCGGGCAGCUCGCGGUCCGCAUUCCACAGUCGUGCCCCAAGUCAGGAUAGGAUGGUACGCUGCGUCUGUUCAGAGGAAGUGGCUGUUGUUGGCACUGUCGAGGAAACCUCUCUGGACGGUGCCCGUGUUGUUGGACCCUUGGAUGCAGACCAGGACCCUAUGGGUCCAUCGUAUGGAUUGAUCGUAUGGGUUUCUUGGACAUGGGCCCCUCCCCCUGGCCCUGCUCUCGAGCACGCCGAGCAAUUGGAGUUCCCGCAUCACCAUUUCAAAUCGCAGAACCGCACCCACAUACGCCCGUACGAGCAUCAAACUGUGCAGACGUCUUGUUCACAGGGCAUGAUUGUGCCAUGUCGUUUUUGCAUGAACGCAGACGACGCAUCCUGCCAGAACUACUCAGUGAUGUCAAAUAGUCUCACCUCGAACAAAAGCUUGACCCUUGCCAUGGUCGUGAUGAUACCUGCCUACGGACCCUUGGAGCACUUAUUUGAGGUCAUUACUAAACCCCCGCGUGUGGCGCCUGCCUUGACACACUACACUAACAAUGCAGUUCAACCAGCCUCCCGCCGUGCUGAUUGUCCAUCCAGCAUGAGCAUGCCAGGGCAAAUGCAAGGGGCCCUGACUCGAGUAUCCUGUCGAAUUGCUCUUCUCGAUAUCGGAAAGUACCAGGUCGUCUUUGUCUCUUUGUUGGUGAUGCUGGAGUUUGUCGCAGGAGAUCGGGUGGAGCACAUGGCGGACGUCGGCACCACGGAUAAUAUUCAGACUUCGCUGGUAGGUCCAGACUCACAAAGAAGACAUGACAGGGAACGACAAGCCGAAGCUUUACUCACCUGCGCUUUUCUCUAUUCUGAAGCAUUGUGGCAGCCCGAGCCUGGUGCUGAAAUUCCCUUGAGCAAAUCUGCCUGUUACAAGAUCGACUUCUGCAUGCAGUGUCGUAAAGUGUGCAAUUGCUGUGCAGCAAAGACCAAUAGAGGCGUCGAGCCGAGUUUCCCAUCAAUUCCACCCUGGCAAAUACACUUGACGGGUAACUUUGCCAUCUUGUUUCACAAUUGUGGCGUUGGAACUGGGCCUGGUGAUGUUUUCAUGCGCUUACUAAACCCGCUUCACUUACACCUCGGGAACUUUGCUCACUAGACACCCCUCAAGGCACGUGCAGGUGGCACACUUGUGACAUGAGGUCGGCGUUUCUUCUUGUCCAACCUUCGUGGAAUAAGUGCCAUCGGCGGACUUAUCUCCGGGUCUCGAAAUGCUGCAUUGCGCUCCACCUAAGCUAUUUCUUGGAAGGCUUCAUUGCGAGCCACAGUGGACAACAGCGCCAAGUCGAACGUGCU